AUGUCUUUAAAAAUGUUCUCUUCCUUUUUGUUGCUGGUUCUCUUUGUGGUUGUUUGCAAUGCGCAACGGGAGUACAAUCCGUAUCGAAACAAUCCCUACUAUAGGGAUUUGUACUUCAGGAACCGCGACCUGUACAAUCAGCGACGCUACUACGACAACUUCUAUAAGAAAUACAAUCCGAACAUUGCCAAUGCUCUGGCACGCACUAUCGACCAGUCAAAUGAGCCCAACUAUGGCAAGGGCUCCUAUGCCUACAGCUACGAGACUGAGAACGGAAUUCAUGGGGAAGAGCGCGGCACCCCCAUCUACAUCGGCAAGGGGAGGCAGCAGGAACAAGUCACUGGUGCCUAUUCGUAUAUAUCACCCGAAGGCAUUCGCGUCGGUGUUAAAUAUGUGGCUGAUGCCAACGGUUUCCGUCCAGUUAUUACCUAUGAUGGUCCAAAUGCUGCCAUUUAUGCGAACCAACAGCCGCCGGCUAAUGUGGUCUACACAAGGCAAUAAAGUCAACUAGACUGUGUACGAAGUUUCUAAAAUAAAAGAUCAAAUUUAAUAAUAUGAAAUUCACAUACAUAAACAACACUUAAUACCUCAGAAAAAAAACAAUACUUAUUUAAAUGCUGUUCAGGAGUAGCAUAAGGAGUAUA